AUGCAAACUGAAUAUGAACAUGAAUCGUUAAUUAGGUAUAGAAAGGCCAUUAUAACGUUUGGCCUCACCUUAAAUGCUCUUCAUUCUUCUUCAACACAGACUCAGGAACAUGGAACUAAGAAGCUCAAACAAGUUACUGACGGGAAUUGUUCUCCAGAUGAUAAAAUUAGCCUAAAUCUUCUCUGGCAGCCUUCACUGGGAUUCAUACAUGUCUACACUGAAAAUUAUUUGUUUUCAAAACAGAAUUAUCGUAUAAAAAAACGCUCUCGAUUGCCUCGAGAUCAACAAUCAUACAUCACACCGUUUGGAAUUAUGAGAAGAAAAAAAAAUGUUGUACCUUUGCAAAAUACAUAA